UGCUUAGACAAUCUAAUGGAUGAAGAUGAGAAAGACAGGGCAAAGAGGGCUUCGCGUAACAAGUCUGAGAAGAAGAGGCGUGAUCAGUUCAAUGUUCUCAUCAAAGAGCUCAGCUCCAUGCUUCCAGGCAACACUCGCAAAAUGGACAAAACUACUGUGCUGGAAAAAGUCAUUGGCUUUCUGCAGAAACACAAUGAAGUCUCAGCACAGACGGAGAUUUCUGAAAUUCAGCAGGACUGGAAACCUUCAUUUCUCAGCAAUGAAGAAUUCACCCAGCUGAUGUUGGAGGCAUUAGAUGGCUUCAUUAUAGCAGUAACCACAGGUGGAAGCAUCAUCUAUGUGUCUGACAGCAUCACACCACUUCUAGGGCAUUUACCGUGUGAUGUCUUGGAUCAGAAUUUGUUAAAUUUCCUCCCAGAACAAGAGCACUCAGAAAUAUAUAAGAUGUUAUCUUCUUGUAUGCUUAUGACAGAUUCUGCCUCAUCGGAUUACCUAAAAACUGACAAUGAACUAGAGUUUUAUUGUCAUCUUCUGAGAGGAAGUUUGAACCCAAAGGAAUUUCCAACAUAUGAAUACAUAAAAUUUGUAGGAAAUUUUCGGUCUUACAGCAAUGUGCCUAGCUCCACUUGCAAUGGCUUUGAUGAGGCUGUCCCAAGGGCUUACAGAACACCCCCGGGAAAGCAAAUCUGCUUUGUUGCAACUGUUCGUUUGGCAACGCCUCAGUUUUUAAAGGAGAUGUGCAUUGUAGAAGAACCGCUAGAGGAAUUCACAUCAAGACACAGUCUGGAGUGGAAAUUUUUAUUCCUGGAUCACAGAGCACCGCCGAUUAUCGGGUACUUGCCUUUUGAAGUGCUGGGUACUUCUGGCUACGACUAUUACCACAUAGAUGACCUAGAGCUGCUAGCAAGGUGCCAUGAACACUUGAUGCAGUUCGGCAAGGGGAAGUCGUGCUGCUAUCGGUUUCUGACCAAAGGACAGCAGUGGAUCUGGCUCCAGACCCAUUACUACAUCACGUACCAUCAGUGGAACUCCAAGCCAGAGUUCAUUGUGUGUACACACAUGGUGGUAAGUUAUGCAGAUGUUCGGGUGGAGAGGAGACAGGAGAUGGGCUUGGAAGAAGUGUCCUCAGAGGUUGUGUCCUCAGCACUAAAGGACAGUGGCGCCAGCUUGGAUCCUGAACAGCACUUUAAUGCACUUGAUAUUGGUGCCUCAAUCCUCAGCGCUAGUCGGACACCCUCAGUAUCAUCCAGGAGCUCUCCAAAAUCUUCCCACACACCCAAGUCAGACCCAGCAUCUACACCAACAAAGCUGAUUACGGAGUCUAACACUCCCUUGCCAAGAACACCGAGCACACAGCAGGAUUUAUCCGUGCAUAGACUCAGCCAACCUACUGCUCUUCAGGUUUCUUUGCCUUCUCAACUUCCGUGUGAGCUUCUCCCACAGCAGUUGCUGCCUCAAGCAACUCUGCAAAAUCAGCCUGCACCUCUGGCACAGUUUUCGGCACAAUUCAGCAUGUUCCAGACCAUCAAGGACCAGCUAGAGCAGCGAACACGGAUCCUGCAAGCCAACAUCCGGUGGCAGCAGGAGGAGCUCCAGAAGAUACAGGAGCAGCUCUGCCUGGUCCAAGACUCCAGCGUACAGAUGAUCUUACAGCAGCCAACAGUGUCCCUGAGCUUUAGCAAUACUCAGCAGCUGGACCCACAACAGCUACAGCAGAGGUCAGGGGCCAUUUCUCAGCAGCAGCUUGUCUCCAGUCCUCAGCUUCAAGGGCAAAUCACGUCUUCACAAACAACAAACCAGCAGUCACUGAGAGAAGCAAGCAUGAUAUCAAGCCAGGGCCCGAAGGCGGCGCGGAGCGCGGAGCUGGCGCCAGGCGGUGGCCGCGCCCCACCCCGCCCCGCACCCGCGGCCGCACCCGCGCCGUUCGCCUCAGGCGGCGGCGGCCCCGCAGCGCCCCCUGGCGGCCUGUCCCGCGGCGGCACCCCCGCGCCCCCCGGCUGCAGCCACGACCAGCAGCUCAGAUUGUUGCUUAGCCAGCCUAUUCAGCCCAUGAUGCCUGGGUCCUGUAAUGCAAGACACCCUUCAGACCUCAGCAUGGCGGGAUCCCAGGCCAAGUAUUCUCAAACCCAACAAAUGUUUCAAAGUUUGGAAGUGCAGACUUCCAGCAGCAGCUCUCCAAUCAUACUGAUGGGACAAGCAGUGUUAAACCAAGGGUUCACCACUACCCCUCCUUCCCAGCCAUCCUCUUUGCCACCUAUGCAACUCCAGCACCAACAGCAUCAGCAACAACGCUACCUGCAGGUGCAAACACCAAGUUCUUUGCACAAUGAACAACCUGAUUCUUUGCUCCUGCCAUCUUACUCACCACAGCAAGGAAAUAUGGGGUAUCAUCAGACACAGCAGCAGCAACAGCAACAACAACUAACAUCAAGAAGAAGAAAUAGUUUAUCAGAAUCAUCCAAUUUACCACAGCCACUGCGAUAG